AUGGUCAGAGUGGAAGGUGCGAAGCUGUCAAUCUUGGCGGGCGGGCGCGACUUCCACGCGCGCUUCUUCCUGCAAUUCUUCAAUCAACUUCACGUGUUGAGCAGACCACCAAGAUACGUCGACCUGCGAGGCGCUAUACUAGGAGAUUUGUCAUAUUUCGACAUCGAGAAGCCAACGUUCGCUAUGGGGGUCUGGCGAUGGUACAAAGGUCUUGCGCCGAAGACCAGGAUGUUCAUGGGUGUCGGCAUCAUGGCAUACGCAGGCUUUGGCCUGCUUAUAUCGGACGAACUCGAGCACCGCUUUGGCAUGACUCCCACCGAACAAGACUUUGAGGAAGUACGAAAGCUCGUGCCGAAAAUCAGCGUCGUCGAAAAGGGCCAGCGAUGA